AUGGAGGUAUCCUCUGUUCAAGAGCUCUGUCGAUAUUUAAUUUCGUGUGCAAUUCAAAGAUGCCGUAUGUCCGAUGAGCUUUGCAGAUUAUCCGUUGUUCUGAAAUCAUCUCCUCUCUCCAAUCCUCCUCUUCUUCGAAUCUCAAUUUCAGACACAGGUGUUGGAAGCUGUUUAGAGGAAUAUCAGGGCUUAAAAUACACAAGCGGUCCCAAUUCUCUUGAAAAAUGGGAUGGAUUGAUCUUUAUUGCAACUACCAAUGGAUUGAUCUUUAUUGCAACUACCAGUAUGCAUGAGAAUGAGAUACAUCAAUACAAUUUAAAUGUAAAAGAAAUUGUUUCCUCGAGAAGGUUGGCAAAGCUACCAUCAAAACCCAAGAAUGGUGCAAAAUUCAGUGGGACUGAAGUAUUACUCAGCACACUUGAAACUGCUGAUGGCUUAGUCACUUGCUUUCUUCAAAAGAUGCUUAUUUUGAAGGUCCCUAAGCUAGCAAUUGAACUGGUGGUUGACUGUGGUAAUAGUCAUGGAUCACGACCUGAGAAUUUUGUUUCAGCAAAUGAGGGCAUUACUUUCUCUUCUUCACCCUCAUCAAAUAUUGAUUCUUUGAAGUCAGGCCUCGAAGAUUAUGUCUUCAAGCAUGCAAAUAGUCAAAAAAAUAUUUGUCACUCUUGUUUCUCAAGUGGAAGGGAAAAUUUGAAGGUCGGAAGUGGGUUAGCCUGCCGUAAAGAAAACCAUAGAAGUACUGGACAGGUUAUGGAAGCAGUGAUUAUUAUUAGUCAGUUAUCCGAGCCAACAAGUCCCUCCUGCUUCAGGGCAUGCGGGACAAAAACAGAGGUUUUAUAUUUCAAGGACUUCUCACCCUGCUCAAUUUCCCAGUCAUCUCUGAGUGCAUUGGCGAGCAUAGAUUGGAAAAGUUAUGGUCUGAUUUUGAGGAGCAUAGGGAUACAAGAUGGCUAUGCAUCACUCGAAUGGGAGAACUUGACACCAUAUUCCCAUAUUGAUAUUGUCCUCCACUGUUACCAUAAACGGGUCAUCAUCCCUCCUGCUAAGCAAAGAACUGAAUUUGAUCGAAGUCUUACCAGAAAAGCUAUUAAGCUUGCUUUAGACGAUUUGAAGGAGAAUAAUGCAGGAGUUCUUCUCACUGCACAUGCACUCAAGAUCCGCGGUUAUGCCCCUGAUCUUGCAACAACAAUUGCUGGCCUGGUUUUAUCUUCCAGUGACUCGGACUUUCGAAAAGAAUGCUUUUCUCUACUUGGAUUGCAAAGUCAAGACAUGGAAAGAGAAAUUGUUGAAAAUUGCAUUAAAGAAAGGAUUAUUUCUGUCAUAGAACUAAAUGACAGGAAGCCUCAAAGAAGCAGAGAACAUGCACCUUUUCUUUUUGAGGAUGAACGCAUCCCGGAACCAGAUGAUCUAGCCGAGGAAUAUGAAGAAGAUGAGGAAGCUUUUAGUUCUCUGGAUUCAUGAGGUAAUCUUUGCAUCAUGCAUCCUACCAACUUCUGAAAUAUAGUAUGAAUGCCAUUAUAAAUCUUAAUUAUUAAGGCGAUGCUG